CAUUUGUCAGCCUAAUAAAGAAAGACUACUAAAGAUUUGUUUGUAAAAGAAAAACAGUAAUUUAAAAGAUAUUUUUAAAUAUUUCUGAAAAUAAUAGUUCAAAUAAAAAAGUAUUCAUGGUCGCGAUGCAUUAUUCUAAUUCUGAGAUAUCGUACUCGAGCUAUCCUACGCCGCAGUAUUAUGAUGGUGAUGAGGAUCGAAUGAGUGAAACCCGUUCGAGUGAAGAUACGGAAGAAGCCAGUGAAAAUGAGUUUGGAUCUAGCCGCAAUUACGAUGAACCAAUGGAAAUUAAAGAACAAAUGUAUCAGGAUAAAUUAGCUAGUCUUAAAAAGCAAUUAGAAGAGCUACAAAAUGGUACGCAUCCAGAAUAUGUUAAACGUGUUAAAAAAUUGGAACAUCAAUAUAAAGAGAGGCUACGUCUAAACGAAAUUUAUAGAGAUUAUCUUAAAGAAUGUGUUGAUCGGGAUUAUUAUAUUGAAAAAAAAGCAGCUACAAAGGAAUAUGAAGAGAAAAAAAUAGAUUUAAAAGAAAAUUUACUAACUGAUUUUGAAGAUAAAAGAAGAAUAAUUGAAUCUGAACGUCAUAGUUUAGAGUUAACGAGUGAUUCAAUGGAAACAAAACCAACUAUAACAAGAAAAUUACGUAGACGUGGAAAUGAGCCAGUUCCAAUAGUUGAAAAACGACGGAAACCAACCACAGGGCAAUUACUUGUUUAUCAGUUGGACGAAAAAGAGAUUGACAGUGACUUAAAACAAAUAAGCAGAGUUUUAGCUCUCACUACUAAUGGAAUCGGAGCUAAUAAUCAUCAGUCCGGAAUGAUGGUAGAAAUCCCACAACAAACUUUAGAAACCAGAAUCGAAGACGGUAAAUUACUUUAUGAACGUCGGUGGUUUCAUCGGGGACAACCAGUAUAUGUGGAAGGUAAAGAUUUACCCAGAUUCGCAGCAACUAUAUCAGCAAUUGGAAAUGAGAUUGUUUGGGUAAAAAAAAUAAAUGAUAAUAAUAAGGUUAAAAUAAAUAUGUCUCAACUGGCAAAAGCAAAAGUAACUAUAAAACGAAGAGCUAAUUAAACAUUAGGUUCGGAUACCGAAAUCUUUAAUCUUUGAAUGUUAAUAACUUAGCUUUGCUUAUAUUUAACGAAUUAAUAUAAAUUCUAAUUAAGAUAUAAUUAUAAUCUUAGAAUAGAGUAAACUUACAUAAAA